CUUUUUGCCUCAUUCUACUGAACCUUUCAUGGCAGAAUAUAUAUCUAAUAAUCAUAUUCCAAAGUUGAAAAAAAAAAAGAAAAAGAAAAUGGUAGUCAAAAGUAGUUCUGUAGUUAUCCUUUUCUCCAUCAUAGUUCUUGUUGUGGAGGGUUCAUUUCAGGCCAUUAGUGCUUCCAGUGUUGCUGAUAUUGUGACUGAUGCUUUCUUCAAUGGAAUUGCUAAUCAAGCCGGCUCGGGCUGUGCCGGAAAAGGGUUCUAUACUCGAUCAGCGUUUCUUAGCGCUGUGAAUUCGUAUCCUGCAUUCGGAACUACUGGUUCUACGGAUGAUGCUAAGAGGGAGAUUGCUGCUUUCUUUGCUCAUGUCACUUAUGAGACUGGACAUUUUUGCUACGUGGAAGAGAUAAACCGAUCAAGUGCCUUCUGUGUAACCGGUACUCAAUAUCCAUGCGUACCCGGGAAAAGCUACUAUGGAAGAGGUCCUCUCCAGCUGACAUGGAACUUCAACUAUGGUCCUGCGGGACAAAGCAUCGGUUUCGAUGGUUUAGGCAAUCCGGAUAUUGUGGCCAGAGACAAUGUGAUUUCAUUCAAAACUGGGUUGUGGGAUUGGAUGAGAAAGUGCCAUUCAAUCAUCAAUUCUCAAGGAUUUGGGGCUACGAUUCAGGCAUUUAAUGGUGCACUCGAAUGUAAUGGUGGAAAUUCGGCAGCUGCUAAAGCUAGGGUUGGGUAUUACACUGAUUAUUGUCGUGAACUUGGUGUUGAUCCUGGUGCUAAUGUAACAUGCUAAGCCAGUGAAAUGUUUAGGCAAAAAUAAUACUAUCAAAUUGUGAUUGCCAAAAAUGAUACAAUAAUAAUUGGGAACAUUAGAGUAUGUAGUAGUCAACUGACUAAGAAUGUACCUCCUGUUUUCAGUUAAUAAUAUCAACAAACCUAUAUAUGCGCAUCUGUACUUUCAUCCUUUCUUGUACUCAUCCAAUAUAAUUAAGUACUCUCUUCGUAACAUUUUAAUAUUCGAAUUUAAC